AUGACCGUCUCCCAAACCACUCCAGUCGCACCAGCGGCAGCCACGGUUGCGAACCCGGUCUACCAGGUUUGGCAAGGACUCCAAGGUGCAGUGCUGUGCGAUGCAGAUCGAGUGUGUGGCCCUAACAGGUUCUACGCCAGGUCUCCUGUUGCUGCAACGGUGACCCCAGCCACAGUUGCUCCCGGAGUCACCACGACAACACUUAGUCAGACAGGCCCUGUUUCUGCUUCGCUGCCUGCACCUCCUUGGAUGCAAAGCAUCGGAAGUCAGGGAGUUGUACAGCAGCCCCUUCCUGUUGCUGCGGCGGUUGGUACAUCGGCGACACCCGUGGUGCAAACGUCCUCAGGAGUGUUUAUACCUUCGCCCUCAGCUGCCUCUCCCAUUGUGGCCUCCACCACGCAGACAUCUUCCGGAGUCUUCGUGCCAUCGCCAGCCAACGCGUCCAUCCCCAUCUCGGGCGAUGCCCAUCGCCGCGACCGGAUCGCCGGUGGUUUCAAUGAGCCUAUGGCCGCCAUCCCGGUGCCAGCAACACAGCCGGCCUUCGAGAAGGUCCCCCUUGCAGGCGCCGAAGGGGCGAAGGGGCGAAGGGGCGAAGGCUCCGCUCAGCCGCCCUUCGCCCCGGCGGCGGCGGCCGGAGAGAAGAAGGAGGCGCGAGCGGGGCAAGGGCUCGAAGAGCGACAAAAAAAAGCGAUCAAAGAAGACGAAGUGCUGCGGCUGCUUCUGACAGCUUUGUCAUGCUUGGACACCCUGUCUGGUCUGUGCUCUGGAGACCAUGAGAAAGACGCCGUCCGCAUUGGCGUGAAGAUGGUUGUGGACAUGGAGCAUGUGGAGGGUGCGGAUGCAGCGGAAAGGCAAAAGGGGCAUGCUGCGGAGGCGACAAAGUGGCAUCAUGCAGGCCAAAUGGGGCUACGGACUCGCCAGAACAUGUUCGCAUCCAUGGUGUCGAGCAAGACUUUCCCUGGCAAGCAGUUCUCAGCUUACGCUGCCGUGUCUAGCGAGUUUGGGAAGGGUGCGGGCAGACAGUACGACCCAAACGAGAACACGGUACAGCUGGAACUGAAGACUGUAUUUGUUCAGGAGUGUGAGUCCGCAGGCUGCUUCCCCAAGAUCAAGAAGCCAGCUUGGUUUCGUCAACACUUGCCAAAGAAUGAUGCGGAUAUCACUGGGUUUGACAGCCUGACAGAGGAAGAUCAGGAGCGAGUCUUCGGUCUGAAGUUAAUCGAGAAGGGGCGAGGACGCUCAGGUGAGCCCCCUGGCAUCGCCAUGCGUGCUGCAUAUCAGGAUGGCAAGAGAAAGCCAGAGCCAGACACCUCGGAGGCAAAAGAUGGGGAAAGCAGUGCGUUGUCAGCGCAGCAGAAGGAAGCCAUCGAGACUCUAAAGGCGGAGCUCUCCAAGAAGAGCGUCGCUGCCCUGGGCUCUAUGCUUCAGAAGAACGGGCUGCCGAAGUCCGGGCGCAAGGAGGAGCUCUUGGAGCGCGUGGCGGAAGCCAAGGCUCUCGGCGUUCCGCCGGGAGCUUCGUGUUUCGAGCGGCCCGUGUGCCCGACCUGUGACAAAGCCAAGCUCCGAUUCUCAAGAGUCUCCGGCGACUUCAUCUGCCCUGGAUUCUUCGACGACGAAGCAAAGCGCCACAAGCGAUGCAAGGGUCCCAGUGCCGAAGCCACGCUUGCGCGGGGCUCAGACUUCUUGUCUUCGCAUCUCCUUCCCAUCUUCCCAUCCCUACAGGUGCGCACGCGCUGGCAGGAGAUGGGGAUGAUGGGGAUGAUGGGGGCAUGA